AUGGCUGACUUCUUGUUACCACCGGGUACUAACAGCUUCCACCGGUUCACGCCUGAAUCCUUGGCUGCUAUUGAGAAACGAAUUGCGGAGAAGGUCGCAAGGAAUGCGAAGCAGGAAUACAGAGAGCAGCUGGGUGAAGAUGAGAAACCUCAGCCUCAGUUUGAUUUGCAAGCUUGCAAGAAGCUGCCCGAUAUCUAUGGGACUGUUCCUCCAGAGCUCAUUGCGGAGCCUUUGGAGGACCUUGACCCUUACUACAAUGAUCGUAAGACAUUUAUAGUACUGAACAAAGGGAAGACAAUCUUUCGAUUUAGUGCCACUCCUGCCUUGUAUAUACUUAGUCCUUUCCAUCCAAUCAGAAGAGCAGCAAUUAAAAUUUUGGUACAUUCAUUGUUCAGUAUGUUUAUUAUGUGCACUAUUUUAACUAAUUGUGUGUUCAUGGCACAAUCAGAGACUCCGUCCUGGAAUAAAUAUGUUGAGUACACUUUCACUGGCAUUUAUACUUUUGAGUCACUGAUAAAAAUACUGGCGAGAGGAUUUUGCAUGACAGAAUUCACCUUCCUUCGAGAUCCAUGGAACUGGCUGGAUUUCAGUGUUAUUGUUAUGGCAUACAUAACUGAAUUUGUGGACCUGGGCAAUGUCUCAGCCUUACGAACGUUCAGAGUACUGCGGGCGCUGAAAACAAUCUCAGUCAUUUCAGGACUGAAGACCAUUGUAGGGGCACUUAUCCAGUCUGUUAAGAAACUUGCCGAUGUGAUGAUCCUGACCGUUUUCUGCUUGAGUGUCUUUGCCCUCAUAGGCCUUCAGCUCUUCAUGGGCAAUUUGCGGCACAAGUGUGUCAGGGACUACACCAAGUUUAACUCCACCAAUGGCACAUUGUAUUUGGAUGGUCGAGUGUGGAACACCUCAGAGGAAUUUCUUAGUGAUCCAG